AUUCGUUCCGACAUCAUCAUCUCGAUUUAUGGAAAUCAUGUGGCCAACAUGGUCAACCGCACCAAGACCUACGAGUUCCGAGCCUGGCGCAUACCGGAAUCGGUGCAUCGAGUAUGGAUUUACAUGACAAAACCAGACAGCAUCUUGAAAUACAUGUGUAUCUUUGGGCCUGCGAAGACAGAGGGCGAGAUCGACGACAAGGGGAUCGGCAAUGCAGAUUUCAACCAAGGCCGCAAGAAGAGUGCCAAGUACGCCUACGAGGUCCAGCAGAUGUACGAGCUGAACAACCCGGUUCCGCUUGAACGGAUGAGGAAGCACGGCUGGCCAACCGCACCCCAGAAAUAUGCUUAUAUG